CUGCAGCAGCAGCAACAACAGCAGCAACAGUAGUAUCGACAACAGCAGCAGCAGCAGCAACAGAAACAACAACACUUUUGCCAACCGAGCCGGAACAUUCUGUACCCAUGCUAUCGGUACAGACGGCCGGCUGCGCGGGAAUGGAGCGGCUCGGCGUUCCGACCCGCACAUCUUUGAGCACACCACCCGAUGAUAGGGAUCAAUUUAGAUGUAGAUUGCGCGUGGAUGCGCUCCAGGCACGUGAGCUUCUGGCUGUACGUGGCGAGACUGUGAUUCGUGGCGCCGGCAACAAUCAGCUCCAGCAACACCAUCUCCAUCACAGCAGCAAUAGCAGCAACAAGCAACAACAUUCCCACCACCAGCAACAACGCAUGACAACUCCAAGCACGCACAACUCCGGCGGAGUAGGAGGAGGCGGUGACCACCACCAGCUGACCAACAGCAGCAGUAACAACAACAAUAGUAUUAGCAGUAAUGUGGCGCGAGGUGGCAUUGAAGCCACCACCCUAAAGUACGGCAACACGGGCAGCGGGAGCGGGAGUGGUUGCUAUAAGGGCGACUGCGGCAACUCCUCAUCCGGAUCUUCUUGCAGUUCGCUGCAAAGCCACAGCAACGACCACCACCAACAUUACCAGUACCAGCUGCAGCAGCAGCAGACGCCCCGCUGUCCCCAUCACGUACCACUGCCGGACAGCGAGUACGGACAAGAUCGACACCUGCAGAUCAGGAGCAGCUAUCAGCAAUCGGAGAUCACCAGAUCGUACACUAAACCGCCGCCCAACAAAACGGUGCGGGAUGUGCCCGAGCAGAUCUCAGCGGGCGGCUGUGGCGUCUCUAGCUCCAGCUACCGUCUCACCACGCUCCAGGCCGCCUCCUCCACGUACUCUCCCGCAGGCGUGACAGUGUCGGCCUCAUCAUCGUCCAGCAAGUCCAAGCCGAAUGCCAUAACAAAGUUCUUCUCGCGGAUCAGUUCGCCAAAAUCGCCGCCAAGCUGUACGAUGUCCUCGGUCGCCUCCGCUUCCCCCCCAAGCUCCGUCUCUAUGUCGUCGUCUGCCUCUUCGUUAGCCUCCUCCGCCUGUGUCUCCACCUCGUCGUCGGCUUCCUCGCUAGCUGCCGUGCCCCUGCCCACGCUGCCUGUAUCCAAUGCAUCCAUGCUGAAAAGCACGGCCUGCGGCUAUGGGACAAAUCCCAGUGGGACGCAUAUCUACGCGGGUUUGGGACCGAGUGCACAACUGCUAACUAGCCUGGGAACAGGAACAAGCGGAAAUUGCAGCCCCGAAAGGAUACCCACACCACCGCUGUCCGUAUGCGUGCCGAUUGGAGCUGGCCUGCAGCCGCUGAGGAGUAACAGCAGCGGGAGUAGUAGCAGUACAGCCAGUCUACCCGCCGUCGAGACAAUCACAACAACAGCUACCACUCAGUCUUCCUUUGCCGCCGGAGCGACGGGGGAUCUCCCGCUGACCACGAUGAGCCGCAAUAAUUCCAACUCUAGCAUGAUGAGCUACCACUGCAGCUGCAAUAGCCGAAAUUGCAGCCACUGUGCGGCCAACUCAUAACUGAGCUCGUGUUAAGUUUAACUACAGUAAAAGAAAUCGGGUGGUGCGGGAACCACUGGAGAUUGUCGAACAUUAGUUAUGUAUGUUUUAAGUGUUCUCUAGAUGAUUUGCUCUUCACAAAAACAAAACCACUUUUAAAGAUAUUUUAUCGAGAAAUGUAAGCAAACCCUAGGUCUUGUUAAACGUGAUAAAACAUAUGAAAAAGCUUUUCGUGAAGUAAAACAUUGCAAGAGCAUGUGAAAUACUUUCAAAGGAUUUCCCACUAAUGUUGUUGAAUCUCCAGCGAUUUGUGCAGCACCUCUAAAUAUAUAUAUAUUAAUAUAUAUAUCUACAUAUAUAUACAGAUAUAUUUUUUUUAUGUUAGCCUAUGUUUAUCUAUUAUGUUAAAGUUUAACAGAUUUAUUUUAUGUAGGUCUGUCGCCAACUUUUACGCUGGUACGAAAAGACUGUUUAUUAGUCAGAAUUUAAUUUGUAAAUUUGAGUAACAAGAGAGAAGGAAAGUUAGAGAAUGUUAAAUGGAGAAGACAUAUAGCUGCGCUGCCGCCUUUUAAGCACUCACCACAAACCAUAAAAGGUUUUUUUAGUUCUAUAACAUCAUUUCCAUUCGUUUUGAUAAAAGUAAUAAAACGAGAAUUUUUUGUAAAAACGAAAUAAAAAAGAAAACCAAGAAACUUGAAAGAGACAGACACAAUACCACAAAACUUGAAGAAGGGAAAGAGAAAAGUAAAUAACAAAACAUAAGUGAAUAUGUAAUUGUAAUUUUAUGAAUGAAUAUUGUAUACACUUUAGUUUGAAUAGCUCUAGUUUUAAAUCGAAGCCAAUCAACUCUUAACUAUACUCUAUCCCUACCCCUAUCCAUAUCCCCUUAUUAUUAUUGUACGCAAGGCCCAUGUGCUGGAACACACGAAAAACACACACAAACAAUUUUUAGUUCAAUUGAAAUUUGUAUUUGUAUAUUUGCUAACGGAAUUACAAUGAAAAAAAAAAAAACAAAAAAUGAAAUGAAAUCUAUGUAAACCAAAUUGUAGAGAAAUUUUUGUUUUUAUUUUUAUUUGGCUGCGGUUAUUAUGGAUUUUUAGCGGGAUUUUAAAUUUGAUAAUGAAAUAAUCGAUAAUUUAAAUAUUAUCGAUAACUACUGGCAAAUUUGGUCGAUCGUGCAUGUAGAAGUACAACACUGGUCGAUCGCUGCCAAGUGUGGCAACACAAUUAUAUCUUCGCGCCUUUUUUAAAACAAAAAUAACUUUUACUUUUGUCUUUAAUUUAGAAAAAUAAAAGAAUUAACGAAUAAUCCCACUGCAAUGUAUAUUAUAAGCACAAAUAAAAAAAUUAGAACAUUUUGGUAUAUAUUUAAAUAAUUUGUACAUUUCCUCAUUUAUAUAUGAUUUCAAAAAAAUAUUUUAAAAAUUCUAAGUGUCAUUUCCAGAAAUCCAAAACAAUGCCCCAAACAAUAUAAAUUAUCAAAGAGAAGAAAAACAAAAAAUGGUUUCAAGAACUUACGAUCCAUUAAAUAAAAUUUAAACCACAUUUAACCAAAAAUUUAGAUGAAGAAAAUCGAAUGCGAAAAACUAGGAAAAUAUGAUAACAAAUGAAAAAUAAUGGAAAACACUUUACUACGCCAACAAGUCCUACAAGCCUACAUUUUAAAUACAUACAUAACGAUUAUAGUUCGAUGUCUAUGGAUCAAAGAAUACUUAAAGUAAUGCAACCGGAAAUAGCCCGAAAUAUCACAGACCGAAGCGAGAAACCGGAGACAAUGAAUAACUAAAUUAAACGCGUAGAGAUUAAUGAAUUAAUUAGUUAUAAACAAAUUAAGUCCAGCUAAAAUAUCGAAGCGAUCGUUGAAUCAGCAACACAUAUACACAUUUAUACAAAUAAUUAUAUACAUACAUAAAUAUAAUUUACGUAAACAGGCCUAAUUUCAACUACCUCCAAAACUGUUUUUUAAAUUAAAAAAUUAAAUUCUAAACGAAGAUCAAGUCUACGAAUUAUGUUUAGCAAAAAAAAAAACUAAACGAAAACUAAGAAAAUCAAAUAAAAAGCAAAUCGAUUAAAUUAUAGUAAAUUAAUUGAUUGAAUUACAAUUUUUUAAAAUUCAAGCAGAUCGAUUUAUUCAACAAAUCAACAAUCAUUGACAAGUAAUUAAUUUUACACUUUAUAUAUACGAUAUAUAUAUGUAUAUAUAAAUAUAUAUAUUACGAUAUCUGUAUCU